AUGUGGGAGAAAUGUGGAAAAGAACUACGUGGAAAUUCCGCCACAAAUCCGAAUUUGGUAUGUUUCCGAACAUUCAAACACUUGAUGAUACGGAAAAUGGAAAUUUUAAGUCUGGAGCCUUUUAUACUACAGUAUCACAACUUGGUGCAUAGAAGAUUGGCGAAGAGAGCGGUGGUGGAGGCGGAGGCGUUGCAAUUGGAGCAGUUGCGCAUCUCCGGAAAAACCGAGACGCCCGAAAAAUCUGAAAUCCGAGCUGCCAACGGCACCUGGCUAAUCCACGAGAACCGUCCGAAUUUCGCGAAAAUGUUUCGAAAUCUUCAAACCGACAUUGCAGCGUUGGAUUUGAGCACCGCGGAGCCCUGGCAGAUCCUUAGUUAUAACUCUGAUGGCUACUACGCGCACCACUAUGAUUUCUUGAAUCCGGACACCAAUAAACAGUUGGUGGAGGCUAGAGGGAAUCGGAUAGCGACGGUGCUCGUGAUUUUACAGAUUGCCAAGAAAGGAGGGACCACCGUAUUUCCCAAAAUCAACCUAAACAUUCGCCCGAAAGCCGGCGACGUCGUGGUAUGGCUCAACACGCUUCCCUCCGGAGAGUCCGACUCGCAGACCCUACACGCAGCAUGCCCAAUUAAAGAUGGCACAAAAAUUGAAUCUCGAAAUCUAUGUGAUGACGUGGAAUUGGAUACCACGUGGCAGUGGGAGAAAGCUGUUUGUUUUGAGUAUUUUUGGAACUAUCAGGCCGUUAAAAUGGAAGUGAUCGCAUGGCGUCCGGGACUUGUGAUUUAUAGAGACUUGUUCACCGUGAAGCAGGUCGAGGACUAUUUGAGGUUGCUGGAAGAGCAGGAAUUUGAAGAGCAGCAAGUAGUAGACGACGAUGGCACAGAAUUCUACUCCAAAAUCCGCAAGGCUAACGGAACUCAAAUCAUUGCGAAAGACUUCCCGGCGGCUCUGUCGAUUUUCAACACUGUCAAGAACCUAAUGCCAAAUUUGGAUUUUAAGUAUGCAGAGGAUAUAGUAGCCCUGUCCUACCACCCUGGCGGUCAUUACGCUACCCACCACGACUACCUAGAAUACCCCAGCGAGAAGGAAUGGGACGCAUGGAUGCGCAAUUAUGGAAACCGAUUUGGAACCCUUAUUAUGGUAUUCAAGACUGCUGAGAAAGGAGGUGCUACCGUAUUCCCGGCGCUGGGUGCUACACGCUUGGGUGCAUGGAUCGACUCUUCCAGGGCAGCACAUAGUUGUAGAGGCAUCUGGUCCGGGGUGGCACCAAUGGGUCAAUGGACAGGAGUUGGUGUUCGAGGAGUCACAUGGUUGAGGUUUACCGUUUGGCAGGAGGUAUGGCUCACCAGAUGGGCAGGCGUUGAUCCAUACCGGGCAGGUGGCCUCACAAUGCUCGCGGAGCAGGAAGUUGUUCUCGUUUCCUCCCUGUCCGGUGUAGGUGAAUGGCUGGCACUGUCGGGUCUUCUGGUUGUAGAACCAUCUUGA